CAAUCGAACGCCCUGCCAGCCUCGCGACACCACACCAUAACAAUUCCGCCCAAUCCUUGCUUUUCCCUCUUGAACUCUAUUAAUAGUAUUCUUCAUCUAUGGUUUAGUGAAUUGAUCGCCCGGGCGUCGAUCUCCUCACUUCAACGACUUCAACGACUUCGAUGACAAGAACAGCGACAACGAGCCCACAAUCCUACGGAGCAUGUUUGUCGCUGGAUUAUGGAGAUACUAAGAGAAUGUCCUGUCUCCUCCAUAGAGGCAAGGAACAUUAAAGAGUGGCCAAAAGUUCCAACCUACGACCUCAAAGCGACUCAGAUCACAGAGGCCAACGAUCAAAUUAACCUACCCAAAAGCGCACAAAUUGCUCCAGACGAGCCAAUCUUAAAAAUCACUGAAGGCACCCAAGAUACUCUAGACACGCGAGAGACUGAAAACACGCAAAAAGCGCGGAGUCCGCAAGUUACGCAAUCGGCUGAAGAUUCGAGUCGAGACUUGAAUAGUCCAAGAGAUGUAGUUCCCGCCGCCAAACAAUCUGAAGCUGCAGAGUCACUCAAGAAACAGCCCACGGAGCGACAGUGGUUCAAUCUUGGACGACUGGCAUUGAAAAAGUCGACCUGGCCGAAUCCCGAACUGUCAAUCGGCUCGAAGUGUCGCAGAAUAGGAGAUCGCGAGUGCUGGGAAGCGGUUGGCCCUGCCCAAUUGUUGUUCAACGAAAUAUCACAGAGCAUUGGGGACCUGCUUGAUGCCCGUGUUGAUGAAAUUGAAGAAGGGGAACCUGUAGCUGGAAACAUUCUCACAUAUGGCAUGUACAUGAUUGGCCGAGAGCCCACUACCGCACGCCCUACGCUCAUUUUCACUUGCGAGAGACCUAAGCCUCGUCGGAGAGCCAUUAAAUUUGUAAAGGAGAGUGAGAUACUUAAAGGACGUCCGAAGAUAGCCCUGGCGGAGAGUUCCGUUGUACCUAUGGCUAUGGGCAGGAAUUAUCUCAGACUCUUGGCCGGUAGCACCGUCUACUCGGGACCAUCGUCGACAACUUGGAUAGCAAGAAGAAAUGCUACCACGACGCACACUCCAAUUAAUACCCCUGUGCCUUAUUCGGGACUAAGCACCGGUGCAAAGGCAGGCAUUGCUGUUGGAUCUGUGUUCGGAGGGCUCUCCAUUAUGUUGGCUGUCUUUGUGUUGUUCUACUUCCGUCGACGCAAAAGGUUCACAAGGAAAUAUCCACCUCUUCCUUUCACGUGGGAGGCAGUUGCAACUGGCCGUCCUGGGUCCCCCAAACCCGCCAUGCUUACUAUCCCACAAAUGAGUGACAAUUCAGACCCACCGUUAGGUCUCUUCCAGCCAGCAGCUCAAUAUCAACCAUCAGCUGAAUAUCAACCAGGACAUGGAUUUCAUGGCUUUGGCCAUACCUAUGAGGUCGUGGCAGGGGCCGAACUUGGCCCAGUUUCUGAGAUGAGUUCUGUCAUACCAGAAAAUCCUAAUUUGUAUGCUGUCUUGCCGCAAAGCCUCUCUGCAGAGCUUCCGGCUUCAGAACCUGUUGGAACUGAAGUUCUUCCUGCAAUGUUUCAUUCAUCGCAUCGUAUCCCGGUUUUUUCUGAACAAGAGCCUUUGCACCAAGUCAGCCUACAUCCGUCUCGACCUGCUCCAGACCCACCUGAAUUGCUACCACAACGUUCACUCACCUCUGUAUCUGCACUCCCAACACGCGCGCCUCCUCCAGUUCCGUAUAGUGGUGGUGAGAAUCCAGUUGUUUCCUCCGGACAUAUAUCUUUGCCAACCACUUUAACUGCCCCACCGCCGCGUAAUAGCCCAUCUUCAAACAAUUCUAGUACUGCGGUGCAAGAGAUCGGCAAGGUGCACAAUCCGAUAACACAGCAGCCGCAACUUUUGCAUUUCGAGGACUCACUGCGCGUCCCAGGAAUGACCACCCAUGCGCGGAAUCUGAUGAAAGGCUUGCAAGACCAUCGCGCAACCUCUCUACCUUCCUCUGCAUAUGCUAGCUCAUGGGAUAUGGUUUUGUCCAGUGAAGACUCGGAACAUCACAAGGAUGCUGCGCCUUCUCUACUUGAUUGCGCCAGUAUCUGUGGAAUGUCCAUACUCAGUCAAGUCACCGGGAGAGUAGCAACUAUUGGGGGCGUUGUGGUAUUGAACAAUAAAUUGUAUGGUCUCACGGUCCGUCAUUCAGUUAUUGAUUCUGCCAGAAAGAGUCAAGUUGGAGAUAUAGAAAGUGUCAAUGGCUCUUCCACAGACCAGAAUGAUGAUUUCGAAUUUGCUUUUGAUUCUGAGGAUGAGGAGAACACAAGUGAAGCAGACAUCUCUGAUGCUAUUAUCACUAGCCGAGCAAGUGUAUCGACUGCAGCAUCGGUAUCAAGAAUCAGCAGUACAAUUUCUGGCAGCUCCGAUAAAGCACAUGUCAGCAUACCAUCGUCUAUGGGAGCUGCUCUAUCAUACAACGGAGAAGAGCCCAGCAAGUCCACUACAACCAUCACAGAAUUCACAAUUCCCUUUGCCACAAGCACACAAAGAGGACAUGAUUGGGCUUUGUUCGAGCUUUCCCAAGAAAGUGUUCGGGAAGCCAAGAAAGCACUCGAGGGCAAUAGUCUGUUCGCCAUCUUCAAUGUCCCACAGCAUCUUGCUUCUAUGCCUAGUAAAGACACGGAGAUAAUAGCAGCGAAAGGUGGCAGUGGAGUGUCGAGAGGAGUUUUGUCUCCUAGUUCUACGAUGAUGAAGUCGGAACGAUCUUGCAAUUUUCAAGAAGUGUGGACAGUUCGAUUCAAUAGCCCUCUUGUGGAGGGAGAUUCGGGAUCUUGGGUCUGCGACUCAGUCACCGGAGACUUGUAUGGGCAUAUUGUGGCAGGAAUACCAGAAAUUGGUCUUGCGUAUAUCCUUCCAGCACACAAGAUAUUUCAGGAGAUAGAAGAGGUGGUAGGCCCUGUCGAGUUCGCGUCAAAAGCCCUAGCUUGAGAGUUAGGUCUUUAGAAUACAUGGCCAGGCUAUCGAAAGCGAUGGACCUUCAUCGAGAUCGACGUCAUUGCAGCUUACAGAAACGCUUCGCUGGGAUAUCGAGGAGAGUUCAGACCUGCUUAUACCCAUGGAAGACUCUCAAAUCCAGACUAGAAGGCUUGGAUUUCGUUCAUCAAUUGAUUGCACACGUGUCUGGAAAACCAGCAUUGUGUAUCUCUUUCAUGAGGAAGUCUAGAGAAGUAGAUUGUUGAGCCAAACAAUGGGUCGUCUACACGCUUUAUCUACUUUCACAUUUUACGAGGCUUCUUUCUCCUCUACCAC